AUGCCAGACUUGAUGCUUGUGGGACAAAUAUCUCAAGCAUUGAACUACAUUUGUUUCAAGCAGAGAACUAUAUGGUCCAAGAUCAGCAGACUUUUUGUGGGCAGAAUAGAGGAUCGCUCGGGGAUGUCCAUACUCAUCAAGAAUGGCACUGUGGUGAAUGAUGAUUCAAUGUUCCCUGCAGACGUACUAAUUACUGACGGGAAAAUUGCCGGAGUCGGAUCAUCGAUAGCCACCUCUGGUGAAAAUGUCCAAGUCAUCGACGCAACUGGCAGAUAUGUAAUGCCUGGCGGGAUUGAUCCACACACGCAUCUACAGAUGCCAUUCAUGGGUGCAACUGCUGCCGAUGAUUUCGUGUCCGGCACACAAGCGGCAGUAGCCGGUGGAACCACUAUGGUAAUCGAUUUCGUCAUUCCGAAUAAGGAAAUGGGAGUGCUGGCUGCCUACAAACAAUGGAGAGAAUGGGCUGAUCCAAAGGUAUGCUGCGACUAUGGUCUGUCGAUGGCCAUCACAUUUUGGAACGAGACUGUGGCGAAAGAGAUGGAAGAAGUAGUAAAACCUGAAUACGGUGUUAACUCCUUCAAAUUCUUCCUGGCCUAUAAGGACUACUUCAUGGUUGAAGAUGGCGAAUUUUACCAAGGAAUGCUAACCUGCUCAAGGAUCGGAGCAGUAGCACGAGUUCACGCAGAGAACGGUUCUGUCAUCAAAGAGCGAUGCAAAGCAUUGCUAGAGCAAGGUGUGACUGGACCAGAAGGUCAUCCACAAAGUCGUCCAGAAGAGCUGGAAGCUGAGGCCACAAACAGAGCGUGCAUGAUGGCCACACAAGCAAAUUGCCCUGUCUACAUUGUGCACUGCAUGACCAAAGGUGCAGCAAAAGCUAUUGCAGACCAUCGACAAAGAGGCUAUGUUGUAUUCGGAGAACCGAUAGCUGCUGGACUGGCCCUUGACGGCUCCCAUUACUACAACCCGGACUGGGAACAUGCAGCGCGGUAUGUGAUGUCCCCACCGCUCAGUCGCGAUCCCACCACUCCUGAUUUCCUUAUGGACAUGCUGGCUGCGGGAGAGCUUCAACUCAUAGGCACAGAUAACUGCACAUUCACCACUGCACAAAAAGCAAUGGGCCUAAAUGAUUUCACAAAAAUCCCCAACGGUGUGAACGGAAUUGAAGACAGAAUGGGAAUUGCAUGGGAGCGAGGAGUUUAUAGAGCAAAGAUUGAUCCAAUGAAAUUUGUAUCGAUUACAAGCUCGAUGGCAGCCAAGAUCUUCAACAUUUAUCCCAAAAAGGGCAGGAUUGCUAUUGGAUCCGAUGCAGAUGUGGUCAUUUGGAAUCCCAAUGCCAGCAGAGUUAUCUCGAAGUCAACUCACCACCAUGCUAUUGAUUACAACGUUUACGAGGGACAAGUGAUACACGGUUUGGCUGAAACGACCAUUUCGCGUGGAAAGAUUGUAUGGACAAAAAAUCAACUGCAAACUACACCUGGUUCCGGUAAAUUCAUCCCGCUUCUUCCAUUUUCGCCGAUCGCCUACGCCUCUCAUGAACAAAGAGCUCAGAUGAUGAAGCCUAAAAUAGUGAAACGAGAAAAAAGGUCAUCCGCAGGUGGACACGGUGGAAACGGAGCGCGAGAAUGAAACAAUAGAUAGACUAGUAAUUCGAAAGCACAAUAGAUUAAUAUGAAGAGCCUUCUAGUAUUCGCCUAGAGUAUGAUAUCACAGCUUGAAUUUGCUCUUUCGCAAAUGUUAACGGGCGAUUUCAAAUAAUAAACGACU